GACGCGUGCCAUCAUGGUCAUAUGCGCCUCCCACGUCCCUCUCACAGCGGGCAAUCAUACCCGUCCCACUCGACACUUGGCGGUCCUCGUCUCGACGCCAGUCGCAGGUCGCUGGUGGGACGAGCACAGACCUCGCCGCUCUCAUCCGGCCCACCCCAGCCACCGCCCCGCCACCCGCCACCCCCGCCGCGCUCCGUGUUCGUCGCGCUCGGGCAGCGCCAGCGAGCGAGCGAUGGCGCGCGAUCAUCCAAUCACCCGCGUAGCCAUGCGUUCCGCGCGCAAUUUACCUUUGCCUGUUCUGGCCGCGAGGCAUUUGCCGCGGGCUUGGAUCGGAGAUCGUUCCUUGCGGUCCCGGGCCUGCUGGUCCCCCGCUACGCGACCCGGAAGGGGAUAGCAGAGGCGGUUGCCCAAAUGCAGACAGGGGGGCGCGGACGUGAUGCGACCCUCGGCGUACAUCGAUACAGCCCAAAGACCUGCCGGCCGACCUCCUCUGCUCAUGCCGCCGGUACCAUCCCUGAGGGGCGUGCCUUGCUCUUUCCUGCCUUCGACGACGCCAGCAAUUCCGAUAGCGCGGUUCUGACCCAUCCUCGUGGUCCUAUCUCCUUACACAGUUCGCAGUACAAUGAUGGCCCGUCUCCAGUACAAUUGUCAUAACCAAUGCAUGGGCGUCCAUUGUCCAUCAUCCGCCGUCGGAGAACGCGUGAAGUUUAAUACCCAAUAGUCACCUGGAUCCCUGCUGGGAAGAUAACGUCUCCGAACUGGACGGCGCGAAAGAACAUCUUACACUUGUCUUUGACAGUUCCGUACUAGUCCCGU